AUGGACGCCCCGGGUACUGCGGUAGAGCAGUACUUCAACCAGCUCAUACACAUGCGCCUCUUGACACAGGUAGUGGUCUCUGACAAGCAGGGCAACACGAUUCUCGCCUGCUUCGGCACGCCAGGUUCGAUGGGCGGCGAUGUGAACGGCAUCAGCGGCAGCGGCGAUGGACAGGAGGGCGAGCCACCAAUGGAGAGCAACGUCACUGUGAGUGGCGCGCGGUACUUCCAAAAUCUUGAGCAGCUGCAGCUCGGUACCCCCACCUAUAUCACCGCUCAGUAUCAUGACGCCGUUGUGGUGCAGUUGAUGGAGUCUGGUGGGUCGAUCCUGACGCUGAUCGGGAGCCGGGCGAGGGGACAUUGCACUGGCGGCUUGCUUUCUCUUGUCCCGCAAAUCCACAGCACGGCCGUGUACACGGAGCUUUUGCGAAAGGUAGAGGAAUGUGUACAGUAG